AUGUUUGAGAUACUGGAACCCUGCAAAGGUGAUUGCCAACACAUGGCAGAGAUUCACUUCAAGGCGAUGCAUUCAAACCCACUAUUGCACGCUCAGUUUCCAACGGAGGAAAGUAUCCGUCACCUUGAAACCUUCUUGGGGAGACAUUAUGAAGUUGUAAGAAGUUUGGCAGCCUACCGAGCUCUGAUAGCCAAACACAUCACGUAUGGCUGCGUUGCCGGUUUCGCGUGUUGGGAAACAGACAUCAGUGACGGGGAACAGGAGCAUGGCAAGGCCGAAGACAGCGAUCUCAGGUACUCUAAAGGCUGUCGAAAGGAGUAUUUGGAGCAGUACGCGGCACUCGCGGCGAACGCCGAGAAGGAGGUAAUGCGUGGAGAGCCUUGCUACCACCUCUCGUUUGUCUGUGUCCACCCUGACUACCAGGGGCAAGGAGCCGGCACGUUGUUGGCCGAGGCGGUUUUGUCUCGCGCCCAAGCUCGCAGUGUUCCCGUCUACCUCGAAAGCACCCCCGAGGCUGUUCGAAUAUAUGAACGCCUGGGCUUCGUGGCUGUCGGUGGAUUCGAAAUGGAGAUUCCCCGGAGCGGUGCUAACACACCUACGGAGAAGUAUCGAGAGGUUUGUAUGUUGUGGCGGCCCAGUCCUCAAAUAUCCUCAGAUGCCCAGUGA